GGUAAUUUUAUUUUGAAAUAGGAGAGGGGAAAAUUCAUGCUGUAAUAAUGUCAGAGUUUCCAGAGGAGUAUGUUGUGAAAUUGUUUGUUUAAACACAUUUUAUUUGGGGUUCAGUAUGAAUUUUCAAUUGAUGUUUUUUCAGAUAAGAAAGCAGUAAUUCAAACUCAAUUAUAUAAACAAGGAGAUCAGAGAGGAUUUAUCCUGAAGGGUAUAAAAUGAACCAAGAGCUUUUAGUCUGGGUCAUUAUAUGAUCAGCUCCCCAAUGCAAAGUAAGUUGAUAUUCAAAAAUGGCAAAUGAUAAGUGGUAAUUUGCUUCUAUAGAAUCUAAGAACUCCAAUUAUUUCUCCAAAAUUGUUCAGUGGUGAGUAAAGCAUGACUGCUAUCUACCUGAUGUCCAUGCUUUUUGGCCUUGCAUGUGGGCAAGUGAUGUCUUUUUGUUUUCCAACUGAGUAUACGAUGCAUGUCGAAAGGAAAGAGUGUGCUUAUUGCCUAACCAUCAACACUACCAUCUGUGCUGGAUAUUGUAUGACACGGGAUAUCAAUGGCAAACUCUUUCUUCCCAAAUAUGCUCUGUCCCAGGAUGUUUGUACAUAUAGAGACUUCAUGUACAAGACUGUAGAAAUACCAGGAUGCCCACGCCAUGUCACUCCCUAUUUCUCCUACCCCGUAGCUGUAAGCUGUAAGUGUGGCAAGUGUAAUACUGACUACAGUGACUGUAUACAUGAGGCCAUCAAGACAAACUAUUGUACCAAACCUCAGAAGUCCUAUGUGGUGGGAUUUUCUAUCUAAUUUCUAUAGUGAUGUAACUUGCAAUUCAGUUAAAUGUGUUCACCUGGAAUAAAAUUAA